AUGCCUCUGCUUUUCAUACUCGCCGAGUUUGCCAUGCUGUUAACCCACCUCGAUUCCGAAGGAAUAUGUCUGCAUGUCACUGUGCCAGUGAGGAUAGAGCCACGCAAGGUCGGAGUUUCAGAAGGAAAGGUGAUUUAUGUCAUUACAAUUGAUGGGAAACCCUACUCUCUGCAUCUCAAGAACUACUCAUUCUUAUCCCAGGAUUUUUUGGUUUAUACAUAUAAUGAAACUGGAUAUUUGUAUGAUGACUCUUCACACUUUAUGACACAUUGCCAUUACCGAGGAUACAUUGAUGAAUAUCCAAACUCCACGGUGACACUCAACAUCUGUUCUGGCCUCAGGGGAUUCCUGCAGUUUGAAAAUAUCAGCUAUCGAAUUGAACCACUGGAAUCUUCAGCCAAAUUUGAGCACAUAGUUUAUCAAGUGAAAAAUGGCAAUCCAACGCUAGCAGAAAAUUACAGCCAGAUUUGGCAAACAGACCAGCUUGAAACAGGUCAUUUCAUUGCACAGGAUAAAAAUCACUCACAAUUAUUACCUCAAAGUCUGAAACUGCACAUUAUAGUGGGAAAAUCUUUGUAUGAUUAUAUGGGAUCUGACAUUACCGCCGUAACACAGAAAAUUUUCCAGAUUAUUGGGCUUGUCAACACAAUGUUUGCUCAGCUGGAGUUGACUGUUGUGUUAGCCUCCUUGGAACUGUGGUCAGAUAAAAAUCAUAUUUCUACUGAUGGAGAUGCUAAUGAUAUUUUACAAAGACUUUUGGACUGGAAACAAGACUAUCUUACCGUACAGUCCCACGAGAUAACACAUUUACUUAUUUACAGGAAACACCCGAAAUACAUUGGAGCAGCAUCGCCAGGUGAACUGUGCAAUAAAAGCUAUGCUGCGGGUAUUGUCAUGUAUCCAGAAGACAUAGGGUUGGAGGGAAUUUCAGUGGUUAUCACUCAAUUGAUUGGCUUCCACAUAGGAUUAUCAUAUGACGAUGUCAAUAAUUGUUCCUGUUCCAGAGCUCCAUGCAUAAUGCAACAGGGAGCAUUGAGUUCCAGUGGGAUGAAGACCUUUAGUAACUGUAGCAUGCAUUAUUACAAGCACUAUGUUUCAAAUUUUGUUGUGACAUGUCUUGGUAACCUUUCAAAUGUGCAAUUAUUACAACAAAAUCAACCCAUGUGUGGUAACGGAAUUGUGGAAGUUAAUGAAGAAUGUGACUGUGGUAAUGACACGAAAUGCCAAUUUAAAGAGUGCUGCAACUAUGAAACAUGUAGACUGAAAGCCUCUGCAAAAUGUGGCUCUGGACCUUGCUGUACAUCAAACUGUGAGCUAUCAUCAGCAGGCACUCCCUGUAGGAAGGCUGUUGACCCGGAGUGUGAUUUCACGGAAUAUUGCGAUGGAUCCUCUAGCCAUUGUGUUCCUGACAGCUUUGCAUUGAAUGGCCAUUUGUGCAGGUUGGGAUCUGCGUAUUGCUAUGAUGGAAGGUGCCAAGCUCUUAAUGACCAGUGUGUCAAUUUGUUUGGAAAAGGUUCUCAAGGCGCUUCCUAUGCCUGUUUUGAAAAGGUUAAUUCACCACGUGAAAAGCUGGCAAACUGUGGUUUUAAAAAUCCAUACCCAUUUCCUUGUGGACAAAAGGAUGUUCUCUGUGGAAAAUUAGCUUGUUUACAGCCACACAAGAAUUACAAAAGCACAGUCCGGUCCGUUUUAUAUUCAUAUGUCCAUGACAGUGUGUGUCUGUCCAUUCCUCCUGGGUUGUCUAUGAGAUCAGAUGGGAGAGAUUAUGCCUAUGUGGCUGAUGGCACUGUGUGUGGACCACAAAUGUAUUGUGUAAACAGAACCUGCAAAGAAGUUAAUUUAAUGGGAAAUGACUGCAAUGCCACUAAGAAGUGCAAAGGGAAUGGGAUAUGUAAUAACUUUGGUAAUUGCCAAUGCUUUCCUGACUACAGGCCUCCGGACUGUAAAUUACAGAUUGGAUCACCAGGGGGCAGCAUCGACGAUGGAAAUGCUCGCAGAUCUGACGUAUUUCUUUCGACAAAGCACUUCACUAAGCAUCAGGACAGCUGGCUGAUCCUGAGCUUCUUCAUCUUUCUGCCUUUUAUCAUAAGUCUUAUCAUUGGGAUCAUGAAGAGAAAUGAGAGAAAAAUCAUACCUCAGAGAGAACACCAAAUAUGA